AUGGCUUCAAGGCAUACUGACCCGGAUAUAUCCUCUAGCACUAUUGAGAUCGAUACCGACCACGGUAGAAAGAAUAUACACAUUCGCCGAAGCACAAACAUCACGACCCAAGAUCAUCCUGUAGUAGUUCUCGUUCCCGGAUUAGGUCUGGGUUGUCUCACAUUCACGACCAUCCAAUCCGAGCUCGCGAAAUCGGGCAUUGCAUCCUUCACUUAUGACCGCCUAGGCAUUGGCCGCUCUUCUUCCUUACCACUCCUGGAAUCAACAGAUCGAGACUCCGAGAAGAAGACACCAAAACCCAGAACAGCAUCAGCACUAGCACAAGAACUAGAUGCUGUCCUGCACGCCGCCGCUCUCAAGUCCCCAUUCGUCUUCAUCACGCACUCCGCCGGCGGUCUAACAAUCUGGGAGUACACCGCCGCUCACAGCGAGAAUUCAGCUGGCGUGGUCUUCCUAGAUGCCAAUUCGCCACGCUCCAUCGAGCGAGCAGUCAUGGAUCCGGAUCUGGAGUUCUUGGCUGAUGGGAUCAAAGGAGGGUUAGACUAUUGUUCAGUUAUUGGCUUGGAUGAUGCACAUCACAUGUCCGGUGCAGAGUGGGAGGAAUUAAAUGGUCAGCGGGAUCCGCCCGAAGGCUGGACGAAAGGGGAGAAUGGUGGAUGGGCUGAAAUGCUAGGUUGGCAUGACAGCUGUCGGGACCUCGCUCGUCAUGAUCUUGUGAGUAAGCAUCCACUGGGUGACAGGCCCGUGACUGUGAUCAAAGGUUUCAGUGAGAGGGACAUCAGGAAGGCUAUUGCUUAUUCUGAGGCUAAGGGUGGCGGGACGAAUGAGCAAAGGGAGGAGUUGUUGAGAAAGAUGGAGGGGUGUGAUGUUUUGGAGGAGGAAUGUCAGAGGGAGCAUCUGAUGCUUACGGGGACUGGUGAGAGAAGAUUUGUGUUUGCACAUAGCAGUGGGCAUUAUCCGCAUAUUACGGAGCAGGAUCAGGUUGUGAGUGAGAUUGAGCGGAUGGUGAGAUUGGUUCGGAGGAAUGGCAAGUGA